AUUGUGGGAGAGGGAGGCGGCCACUGCGCAGCCGCGAGCCGCCGCCGCCGCCGCUCUGCAGACGGACACAUUGUUUCCCCGUCAGUGAAGCUGGGUGUGUAGCUCUCCGCCAUCAUCAUGUCCAGCAGAGGUGGAAAGAAGAAAACGACCAAGACGUCACGGUCCGCAAAAGCUGGCGUCAUCUUCCCGGUUGGGAGAAUGCUGCGUUACAUAAAGAAAGGGCACCCGAAAUACAGGAUUGGCGUUGGUGCUCCUGUAUACAUGGCCGCAGUUUUGGAAUACCUUACUGCUGAGAUUUUGGAACUGGCUGGUAACGCUGCGAGAGACAACAAGAAGGGUCGGGUCACACCCAGGCACAUCCUCCUGGCGAUCGCAAAUGAUGAAGAACUGAACCAGCUGCUGAAAGGUGUCACUAUUGCUAGUGGGGGUGUAUUACCCAACAUUCAUCCAGAACUACUGUCAAAGAAGCGGGGAUCCAAAGGAAAGCUCGAAGCCAUCAUCACCCCACCCCCAGCUAAAAAAGCAAAAUCACAAUCUGCCAAGAAGUCAGGAGGAAAGAAAGGCAAAAAGGGAUCAGGAAAAGCAGGAGCUAAGAAGAAGCAGGCGGAGGUCAGCAAAGCAGCGACUGCGGACAGUACCACCGAGGGCAGUCUUGGAGACACCUUUACUAUUCUCUCCACCAAAAGUCUCUUCCUCGGACAAAAGUUACACCUCAUUCACAGUGAACUCAGUAACAUAGCAAGCUUCGAAGUGGAGGCCAUUAUCAAUCCUACCAGUGCUGACAUUGAGCUAAAAGAUGACCUAGGAAGUGCUCUGGAGAAAAAGGGUGGAAAAGAGUUCACUGAGGCUGUUAAUGAUCUCCGCAAGAAGAAUGGACCGUUGGAUGUAGCAGGAGCUGUCAUCAGUGCGGGCCAUGGGUUGCCAGCUAAAUUUGUUAUCCAUUGCAACAGUCCUGGCUGGGGGUCGGACAAGUGCGAAGAGUUCCUGGAGAAGACGGUGAAGAAUUGUCUGGCAAUAGCAGAUGAGAAGAAGCUGAAAUCAAUUGCCUUUCCUUCAAUUGGCAGUGGCAGAAAUGGGUUCCCCAAGCAGACAGCUGCCCAGCUGAUCCUGAAAGCUAUUUCCGGCUAUUUUGUUUCGACAAUGUCAUCCUCAAUCAAAACCGUCUACUUUGUUCUUUUUGAUAGUGAAAGUAUAGGGAUCUAUGUCCAGGAAAUGGCAAAACUGGAUGCUAAUUAAAGAUAUCGUACGCUGCAUGAAGGGGUUUCUUGACAUUGUGACACACACUAUUCUUUUGUAAGGUCAUCUAAGCAGCAAGGGGACAGGUAAUUCAAAGUCAGCUUUUAUUUAGCAUUUGUCGUUUAAUUUUACUUUAGCACUGACAUUUGGCUUGAAAUGGAUUUAUGCACUGUUAUCUAAAAGUCACUAGAAAUUGUUGUAAUUUAGUAUAUAUUUUGUAGUUUUUAAUUUGCAUCGGAAAAAUAGUACAACACGAAAUAUUGCUGACAGUUUGGAUAUUUUCAAAUAUUAAUGGGGAGAAGAGGGGCGUCUGUUGUUGUGGUACAUUCGUGUGCACCAAAGUAACUCUUUGAAACUACACGGUGCUACAAAACUGUAUUUUGUUUACAUCACAUCUGAUCUAUCAGUAAAAAUGGUUGUUGGGAAUUAUAGUUAAACAUUGAAUUUCUGUGAUUUGUUUAUUAAAUUGUUGGACUGUUGUGGCACAUCUGUCCUCUA